CCGGUGACGACCUAGUCCUAUGACAUCGAAACCAGCUUAGGAUAAUAGCGGUUAUGAGGAAUUGUUUAAUUUGUUUUUGGAAGUCAGGAGCUUGUUUGAGCUUGUUUUGGUUGACGUGCUGAAGCCCUGGAUGUCGGGAUCGAGACGAUGGAUGUGUGAGCGUAUGCCAUUCGUGGACAUCUGGAUAUUUCCCGUGUUUACUACAGGGUCUGACCUACCGAGAUCUUGGCUGUACUUCGAAGCAUUCCUUUGGAUUAGCUCAAGAAGCCAUUUUUGCCUUACCGUGGAGCAUAGUUAUUUGAAUCGUACACUCCGACACUCAGGCUUGAAGCUUUAUGAUCAAUAAACCAGAAUAUUCGGUCAUCAUCGAGCAGGCUUCAAAUGGUGAACAUGCAACUGAAAGUGUGUAUCGUUGGAGCAGGUCCUGCUGGAUUUGCGCUUGCAGCAGACCUCGAAAGUCGAGGAACCAGUGUCUUGAUAUACUCCCACCCAACACAUCCACGACACGCCAAAAAUGUCCUUGCGAAAGGACACCUCAGAUCAACGGGUGCAAUCAAAGGCAUUACCAAACUUCGGAUCACAUUUGAUAUGCAAGAAGUCGUCGAGUUCUCGAGAAUCAUGAUUCUCACUGUUCCUUCCACGGGACAAAUGACCAUCCUCACAGAGCUGAAGAAUUUCGAUCUUCGUCAACACACUAUCAUCGCCGUACCAGGCAACCUCUUCUCUCUUAUUGCCGCAGCAGAAAUGAAGAUUGGUAAUAUACUCGAAACGAAUAUAUCGCCAUACUCAUGUCGAAUGAACGAAGGCGAAUUGACAGUCUUCGGGAAGAAAGGCUCAAUCUCCAUCGCCUCUCUCCAACCCAACGUCAGCCCGGCAUUCAAGUCGAAAAUACAACGAAUAUUCCCCCAACGCCUGCAAUGGUGUCACAAUAUCGUGGAAGUCUCUCUCUCAAACAUCAACGGUGUCUUUCACCCCCUCAUGAUCCUGAUGAACGCCGGCCGCAUUGAAAGCGAUGGCUCCUUCCUCCUCUACAGCGAGGGUCUCACCCGCUCUGUGUCAAACUCCAUUUUGGCAGUCGACAAAGUACGUCUAGAAAUCGGCGCUGCAUUUGGCUUCCAAUUAGAUACUGUGCUCAAUACUUCGAAUAAAUGUUAUGGUGCUGCGUUUACAGAUCUGGUUGACUUGGCGCAGAACUCGGAACCGCAUAGGAAGUUGUUGGCGCCGGAGGACAUUGACAAUAGAAAUGUUUCUGAGGAUGUACCUGAUCUGUUGGUUUGCUGGCAUGGUUUGGCCGAGAAGCUGGGAAUUGAUGCGAGAUCUGUUGAGGCAGUUGUGAGUUUGGCGGGAAUGGCGACGGGUGUGGAUUAUAUGCAGUCAGGGAGAAAUCUGGGGAAUCUGCAUCUGGAAGGGUUGUCGAGGGUUGAGUUACUUGAAAAAUUUAGUGUUAGAAAGGUGAAGCAGACAAGAGCAGUUUGAAUACCAC